UAAUCCUCUUUAACAUAAAAUUACAAUCACAAAAUGAAGGCCAACCGCACAGUUCUGGGAAUCAUGGCCCAGCCAAAUUGAUACAUUUUUGGAGGGACGUAAUUCAAACCAUGACACCAAGCUAUGGCCUGAGCCUCUGCCAGCUCUAAGCUCCUAUUCCCAGUUACAUCCAAAACGCGUCUCCUCUCUCAUUAUCCAUCCCUUCUCCAAGUCGACGCCUCCAGCCCAGCCUCCUCUGGUCUUCGAUGCCUCCCGCCCCUCACUGACCGCAGUCUCCAAAUCCAAGGAUGGGGCCCUCGCGCCCGCGGGGCCGGGCCACACCAGUGCGCAUGCUCCGCGUUGUGCGGGUGGGGUGCGCCGGCGCCCGGAGGCAGUUGCCGGGCGCUAGUUCCGCACGGCCCUUUACGCCUUGGCGUUGCCAGCCAGGCCAAGGCGGGAGAGCGAGUACCACGGCGGCAGCGUCCUGGAGACCCCGGAGAGAUGGAAGCGGCGUCGCCGACGGCGGCCGAGUCGGCGGGGCGCGAGGAGCUAGAUAUGGAUGUAAUGACACCGUUGAUAAAUGAGCCGAAUUUUGAUGGCACAUCAGAUGAAGAACGUGAACAAGAACUCCUACCUGUUCAGAAGCAUUACCAACUUGAUGAUCAAGAGGGCAUUUCGUUUAUACAAACUCUUAUGCAUCUUCUUAAAGGAAAUAUUGGAACUGGCCUUUUAGGACUUCCAUUGGCAAUAAAAAAUGCAGGCAUAGUGCUUGGACCAAUUAGCCUUGUCUUUAUAGGAAUUAUUUCUGUUCACUGUAUGCACAUAUUGGUACGUUGCAGUCACUUUUUAUGUCAGAGGUUUAAAAAAUCAACAUUAGGUUAUAGUGACACUGUGAGUUUUGCUAUGGAAGUGAGCCCAUGGGGUUGUCUUCAGAAGCAAGCUGCAUGGGGACGGAGUGUGGUUGACUUUUUUCUGGUGAUAACACAGCUGGGAUUCUGUAGUGUUUAUAUUGUCUUCUUAGCCGAAAAUGUGAAACAAGUUCAUGAAGGAUUUCUGGAGAGUAAUGUGUUUGUUUCAAAUAGUACCAAUGCAUCAAAUUUAUGUGAGAGAAGAAGUGUUGACCUAAGGAUAUAUAUGCUUUGCUUUCUUCCAUUUAUAAUUCUUUUGGUCUUCAUUCGUGACCUAAAGAAUCUGUUUGUGCUUUCAUUCCUUGCCAACGUUUCCAUGGCUGUCAGUCUUGUGAUAAUUUACCAAUACGUCAUUAGGAAUAUGCCAGAUCCCCACAACCUUCCAAUAGUGGCUGGUUGGAAGAAAUACCCACUCUUUUUUGGUACUGCUGUGUUUGCUUUUGAAGGCAUAGGAGUGGUCCUUCCACUGGAAAACCAAAUGAAAGAAUCAAAACGCUUCCCCCAAGCAUUGAAUAUUGGCAUGGGAAUUGUUACAGCUUUGUAUGUAACAUUAGCUACUUUAGGAUAUAUGUGUUUCCGUGAGGAAAUCAAAGGCAGCAUAACUUUAAAUCUUCCCCAAGAUGUGUGGUUAUAUCAAUCAGUGAAAAUUCUAUAUUCCUUUGGCAUUUUUGUGACAUAUUCAAUUCAGUUCUAUGUUCCAGCAGAGAUCAUUAUUCCUGUGGUCACAUCCAAAUUUCAUGCUAAAUGGAAGCAAAUCUGUGAAUUCGGGAUAAGGUCCUUCUUGGUUACUAUUACUUGUGCUGUAGCAAUUCUGAUUCCUCGUUUAGACAUCGUAAUUUCCUUCGUUGGAGCUGUGAGCAGCAGCACAUUGGCCCUGAUCCUACCACCUUUGGUUGAAAUUCUUACAUUUUCAAAGGAACAUUACAGUAUCUGGAUGAUCCUAAAAAAUAUUUCUAUAGCAUUCACUGGAAUUGUUGGUUUCCUAUUAGGUACAUAUGUAACUGUUGAAGAAAUUAUCUAUCCUGCUCCCAGCGUCAUGGCUGACACUCCACAAAGUCUCUCUUUAAAUUUGAAUACAACAUGUUUGACAUCUGGUUUGAAAUAGUGAGAGCAGAAUUAUGGGUUUUCUACUUUUGUCUCACUUCUGAAAAUGACUAAAAUAAGAACUAGGAGAAUACAUUGCAGUAUACUUAAAAAUAGAACCAAACUCUGUUUUCUUUUGGCACAAUGUUAAUAUUUGACAGUAAAUUGUAAUUCUUUGCCCGUAGUGUUGAACUAUGACAAAUCCUUGGUUUUAAGUAUUAGCAAUAAUUGCAAGAUAUUUAAUUUUGAAAACUGAAAAAACUAUAAGAAGUAAAAUGUAAAAAAAUAAAGAAUAGAAAGACUUCUAUUUUUAUUCUCCUCAACCAGAAAUACUUCAGUCAGGAUUUCUCUCUCUAACCCCAGUGCUACUCUUCUGCCACCCAGUUGAGGAGACAACAGGGUUUUAGCAAUAAGAGAAUUAAAUGACAUAGAUCACAAAAAUCUUUCUCCAGACCAUCCCAGUGAACGUCAAAGUAAACUUCGUGUGUAAUUUAAAAAUAUCUUGGUUCUGUUUUUAUUAGCCAAAUACUUAUGAUUAGUCGCUGGAAGUAUAGAAAAUUCCCAUUAACCAGAACAUACGCAUCAGAAAAUUCCAAAAACCAGAAUCAUUUUUACACUAUUCUAUACUGGUAAUUGGAGCCAUGGUGGUGCAGUGGUUAAGAGCUGUGGGGAGCUACAGCUGCUAACCAAAAGGUCGGCAGUUUGAAUCCACCAGCUGCUCCUUGGUAAACCCUCUGGGGCAGUUAUACUCUGUCCUGUAGGGCCACUAUGAGUUGGAAUUGACUCGACGGCAACAUAUUUGGUUUUUUGGUAUAAUGGUAAUUAAUCUUCAUAAUAAUAAUCAAGAGGCACCAUGCAAGAUUCUGACUUAAUGCUUUAGUCAGCUUUGAAAAGGACUUUAUAGUUAUCCAAUACAACUUCCUUAUUUUUUACCUGAGGAUAUCAAGGCCAAGAAAGGUUAAACCACUCAAGGCUACACAGCUUUGAGAUCAAGAGAACCUAAUUUCUUGACUCCCAGGCCAGGGUUUUUUAUUUUUCACAUCACUUCUCAGAAAAAGAAUAAAUUAUGUUCAGUUUAAUUUUAAUGCUGAGUCUAUUCAGUUACAUUUUAAUACUUUGAAAGUAGGAACUCUCACAAACCUGCACUUUGACCAGAUAAACCUCAACAAGGGAAAGAAGCAAUGUUCUUUUUAAAUAGCUUAGAGACCGUUUGCUGGUGGAACUGAUGGACAGUAGAAUGUACAUAGCUACACUGUGGCUUGGAAUCUCCUUAUCGUUUCUUCUCUGUCCUGGAUUUUGUGGGCACGAUCUUUCUUAAUGGCUAGAAAAUAGGUAACUUGACAAAAUAUAGGUUUUAUGGUUCUGAAGUCUGACGACUCUUUCCAGCCCUGUGACUUUCACUAUCAUAGCCUUUUAUUGAACUGGUGGGCAAAAUAAAAGAACCAUAAAGGGACUCAUGCUUAGGAAAAAUCGAGACAAUAGUAACGGUCUACUAAAUAUCAAGCACUCCAGUCUUCCUCCAGAGAAAUACAUUCUGUUACUCCAUAUUCUUCAAACCCAGUUACAGAAAGAAAAGAAUCUCAGUUAAUGUAGAACAUGAAAAUUGUUAAAUUUAAAAUAUUAAGAAGAGAUUUCUCCUUUUUUUUAUUCUUAAUUUAAAACAUUUUGAAUUUUUUAACUAGGCUGAUGGUACUCUGUAAUACUGUACCGCAAGGUAUCAUCAAGAUCACGGUAGUAUAUAUAUAUUAUAUGUUUUGUAAAUGGUGACAUAGCUCAAGUAUUUUUUGCUUACAUCAUUAAGUGGUCAUAGAAUACAGACCUAAAGAUAGAUAAGAAACUUUAUUUUGGUACAUUUUUUAAAACAUUUGCAUUAGAUAUCACAAAUAAUAGUUUGUGAUACUUUUAUGUUAAAUAUGUUACACUGAGCUUUUAGUCAUAGUAAGAGCGUGUGGGAGAAGUUACAGAAAAAAUAACCUUUAUUUAAAUUAAUGCUGUAUGAUCUUGAAUUUAAGAAUAAAUUAGGUGUUUUUUAAAUUUUUAUAACAUAAAAUAACUUGAAAACCACUAUUUAAUAGCUAGUAGUAUUAGAUUUUUGUCAUCUGUCUGCAGAUAAUAUUUAGUUCAUAUGUGCUAUUUUAUUUUUAUACUUUAACCUGAAGUUUAUUUUCAUUAUGGAAUUCAUCAAAUGUGAUGAAAUUUUGAAUAGUUGAUCAUAGCAAUAAAUUAUUUUUUAAUUCAACAUGAACAAAUGUUGAGCAUAUUAAGGCUUCCUUAUGCAAUGAAUGUCUGCAGAAUCAACAUCCAGUACUAAAUUCACUAAAUUAUCCAAGUAUAGGAGAAAAGUUGAAAUGCUGAAAGGUAAAGGAACUAAAAGGCAGAAAAUAGUUUUAAUUCUUAGCAAGAAACACUAUUUAAAUGUAAAAUAUAAGUACACUCCUAUUUAAAAAUUCUUGUAAUAUAUUUUAUUUCUAAAAAUCAGUGAGUAAUGUUUUUUCUCCAAAAAUGUAGUUUUAAUGAGUCAUAAUUUUUUAAAAACUUUUAAAGGAGAUGUUUUCAUUAAACUGCUUUUAUUUUGGGGCCUGGAAAAAUGAAAUGAUUGCACCUGCCAAGUUUGCAUCUGAUUUCUUUGGUCUGUCACAUUAUGGCUAAAAUGACUUCAGCAUUACAUCUGCUACCACACUAAAGAACCCUCUUCUCUGAAAGUUAAUCAGUUGUCUGAGAGCCUUUUCUACUACUGCCGGGAAAGAAAAGAAAGCUUUAUUUACCUCUGAUUAGCUCUGUUAAGUCAGUUUCCAAAAGGGUUUCACCAGUAUAGAGCUGAUUUGUUAAAAACACUGUUUCUCAAACAUUUUUCAUCAGGGGAUCUUUUUUUCCCCACAUUGCCAGAUUUCUCCAUGACUGAUGAAAUGAGAACUAGGGUUUUUUCCUGGCUAAAGACCAGUUUGGAUUGUGUCGCCAAAUAAAAACAAGUACUAUAUUAACAAAUGCCACAUUAUGUUUCAAUUCUGUCGUCACUGGAUUCUCCUUUAUUAAAGCCAUUUAUGCCUCUCAACUAGACAAUGGACUUAGAUUUGCACAAGUAUUUUGUGACAAUGUGCGUGUUGUAAAUUUCCUGACAGGUCCUAAUUCCACUCAGCAUUUUUGUAAUAAUGUUGCAUAAAAGCUCUCUAACUGCAAAACACUAUAAAAAUAUUUAUUAACGUUCUACAUUAGAACCAUUUCUAGCUGUGGCAAAGCACAUGUCUUACUCUAGCUUACCAGUGAUUGUUCCCCAUCACAGAUAUCAGUACAGCGUCUGAGUAGUGCAUUUGUUUACUGACAGUAUAUACCCAAAUUAGAACUUGACCUUAGCUCUCCUUUCUUCACUUAAAGGGGAGAAGACACAGGAUAGAGCUGAUGGAAAUAAUAAAUAAAAUUACUUCAAUUUAAAUAAUACCAGUGGCUUGAUAAAUGUUAUCUGUCAAGGAAUAACAUAAUGGGGUAAAAAUAUAGACCACUGAUAAUGAUGAGUUUGAAAAAAUGAGUCUAUUUUCAUCUUUUUAGCUUGACUAGCUUCUUAAGAAAAAAAUUUUAAAAACUUUGAUCUAUAAGAUAGGACAAGAUACUUCCUAACAUUAAGUGGCUGGCUGUGAUAGUUAACACUUUAACAAUGUUAUGGUUGAUCUUGUUUACACCAUUAGAACUCACUAGGCUAAAAAGCUUUCUGAAAGUGUUGGUUUUGACCUAGGAGAUAAGAAAACAUGCUUAAGAAAUGGCGAGAAAUACUAUUUAUUGCCAUAUGAUAAAUGACAAGCUCUCUGAGUCUUAAAUUUUCACAUUAAAAUUAUACAGUUGCCCCCCUCCUCCCCCACACACACUGUAGUCUUUGUAAACUACAUACUAAUUUACUAUUUGAAUUGGGUUUAGGAAGAUGUGCUGAAAAGAUCACUUUUGAAAAGAUCACUUUGGUAAUUAUUCCAUUAGAGUUUUCUUAAUAACAAAUAGAAAAAUACGUGUUUAUAGCUUGAAUAAAUUAAGCUGUGAGUUUUUGUUUUUCAAAGUGAUUUUGUUAGUUUGAAUGGAAACUAAGUAUCAUUGCACUUGAGUUCUUUUUAGUUUCUCUUUUAUAACAAAAAAAUUACUGUAACUUCUGCGUUUUCAAUAAAAAAUAAUUAUUUAAUAAUUAUUUAAAUGCCUUUUGAAAUAAAUUUGUCCUUUAUAAGGUUAAUGACAUUGACAAAUGUCAUCAGCCAAAAUGGCACUAGUGUAAUAUUCUCAUAAUAACUAACAUUUUAAUCAGUCUUUAUACUAAUUCUUUGUCAAGUUACCUUCAUCCUUUGAAGUUGAUAUUAUGCACCUCAGAGAUUUAAAAGCAGAAAUUGAUUUUAAAUAAAAAUGACACAUUCAAAAUUGUGACCUAAACUUCUUACAGAAUGAAUGCAGUCUGCAGAUGCUUCAUCCAUGAUUUAAUUUACCACUUCUUAAGGUCAGCAAUAUGUAUCAAUCAUACAGUACAUUUUGCUCGAAUUGUAAAAUUGUAAUACUUCUGAAAGCAUUAUGCCAACCGCAUAGCAAAGACCAUGAAGAUAUUCAUACCUUUCUAUCAGUCUCCUGCUCUUGUGAACUUAACAGAAGGACAUACCAUUGUUCAUCAGAUCAUGUCACUCUCCUUUCAUAGAGAAAGCUGCUCUGCCUGAAGGUGUAGCUGUAAUAUGUUAUAAUAGCAAAAAAUUGGAAGCAUCCUAAAUGUUUAACAAGAAGCUAAGCAUAAAUUAUGUCAACCUAGAAUACAAUGAAGAUUAUACUAAUUAUACAAGUAAAGACUAUGAUUUAGGAAAGAAAAAUAUGUAAAAUUUUUAAAAUUGCAGCUCUGUAGAAAUACGUUUUGGAUCCAGAUAGGGGGAUAUGCAGAAAAUGAAACUGUAGUGUUAGGAUAAAGAACUGGGUUUUACUGUUUUUAAAUAUACCUAAGGAGGACUGUGAGAGGGAUAAAGGGAAAUAGGACGUUAAGAGGAGUCAGUCCCUGGGUGCUGCAAACAGUUAAUGUACUCAGGUGCUAACUGAAAGGUUAGGGGUUCGAGUCCACCCAGAGGCACCCCUGAAGAAAGGCCUGGCAAUCUACUUCUGAAAAAUCAGCCACUGAACACCUUAUGGAGCAGUUCUACUCUGACACACAUGGGGUCGCCAGCAACUUUUUUUUUUAGGGCCUUGAGAAGGGAACAAGAAAUUUAUAAAGCGUUGUUAGUAGUGGUAAAUGCUCCUAGUAA